AUAGUCGGUUGGAAGGUAAGAAACUACAGCUCCCAGCCCCCAGCCCCACACAUGACACUGUUCAGAUAGAAAAAAAAAAAUCAAACAAAAAAACAUCAACAAGAGAGGAGAGUCUUUUGAAUUGUUGAUGAUGUUCCAGAAAACAAGGCCCCCCAGCCACUUUGCAGACAGCCCAACAGAGAAAAUGAGAGGAAAAAAAACAUGCUGCAGACGUGGAAGUUGACAGAAGCUAAUGCGUACCAGCGGCAAAUGUAAUACAGAGAAAAUGCUUUACUCCCUGGAAAGGCACAUUAAUAUUUCAUUCAGCUGGGCAUACAGUCAGCAUAGCUUCUGGCACGGAUAUAGGGAUGGAUGACUGGACCCAUCUCAGCUAUGCUGUGGUCGUAGUGAGCUUUGUCAUUUUCCAGCUUUUAUUCUCCUUCAUGAGCCAUUUGAUCUCUGAUUCUGUCUUCCAAGGUUACAAAAAACUCACAAUAGAGAAACAGACUGAGUGGAACUCCAGAUUUGUCUCCACAAUCCAUGCAUUAAUUGUUGGAUUUUUCUGUCUUUACAUCUUGUGGUUUGACGAUGUUGUGAACAGUGACCUUGUCUGGGGAGACCCCAGAUUAGUCAAGCUGAACGUGGCUGUCACCUCUGGGUACCUCAUAUAUGAUUUGCUGCUUCUCAUUCGCUACUGGAAGUUGAUGGGGGAUGCUUUUUUCAUAUGCCACCACUUGGCGGCGUUAUAUGCCUACAGUUAUGUAUUGAGUCGAGGAGUACUGCCAUACUUUGCAAAUUUCCGCCUGAUUUCAGAAUUGUCCACUCCAUUUGUAAACCAAAGAUGGUUCUUCGAUGCAGUGUGUUUCCCACGGUCUUCCAGGCCAGUACUUUGUAAUGGUGUCGCUAUGACAGUAGUGUUCUUCCUGGUUCGAAUUGCAGUCAUUCCAACAUAUUAUGCACGCGUCUUCUCUACUUUUGGGACAGAAGCCUUUGAGAAGCUAGGAACUGGCCCUCAGGUGGCAUGGAUUGUAUCUAGUUUGAGUCUAGAAGUCUUAAACAUUAUCUGGAUGUACAAAAUCUUCAGGGGUUGCUACAAAGCUCUAGUACGAGCCAAGAAAAUUCAAGACAGUAACCAUUUGAAAUGAAGAGAGCCAAGAAUUCAAUCUGAACCUUAUUUUUUUAGAGGAGGAAACCAUAAAUAAGGACACAAAUAUUCCUCUGAAGUGCUGUUUAGUUUUCUCAUAAAAUGAGGUAAAACAGGCUAAAAUAUCCUGCAGGGGCAAAUUUUUGAAAUAAUGUUUUUUAAAGUAUUCCAUCCACCAGAUUAAGCAUGUGGAAGAAUUAACCUAGUUCUGCGUAGGCAUUACCCGAAGUGCUCCUGUUUGCCCACUCUUGAACUAGCAUGCACCACUGCAGAAUAUAUACCAGUACCUCAGAUUUGCAGACUGACGUACCUCAGUUGUACAGUUCCAAAUACCUCACCAUGCAGUGAAAGAUUGAAGAAAGCUGUAUUUGUGUUUUUAACCUGCAUCAUUGUGUUUCUAAAAAUGUGUCUCUCUACAUGACCUCCAAUCGGUUGAUCGUAUACUUUUACAUAUUUUGUGAAGUCUUCAGACUGGAGGCACAGUGUCUUUCUGUUAUAUUCUUUUAAGCCAUGAAAAUUCACAAUGCCACUGAAAAUAUGGACUGUUUUAUUUUAUGAUACUUCAUCUACUAUGGUUAUUAUCAAUUAUUUUCUUCUGCUCUGACAGGAUAAUAAUGAAAUACAGUAAGCCAUAAGCAUUUAUUAUCCCUUUCAUUGUUCAGAAGCCAAACAUGGUGGUUCCUUUUUAUCAGUUUGUGAUGGUACUAGAAAGCAUCCAUUUAGAGAUUUUUGGGAGAGAUCACAGUGACUUCACUCUCUUGGAUACUUCAACACACUGAAAUGAAGCUAUUUUACUUCUGUUCAGAACUUAUGUUAGCAUAAAAACUGCGUAUUACCUGUCCAUGUUUUGCAAAUUGAAGAGAAUGCUGCCAGACAUUUUGCCAGUAUGUUAGAAUGCUCAAUAGCAAUGGUUUCCAUUGACUUGUUUGGGAUUAGUGCUGUGUUUCUGAGUGAUGUGCUUGAUUGCAUAUUUGUCUUACUGAAAGCAGCCCAAAUAGAUAUAGAAUUUUCAUGGACCCCCUUCUUUUGAGAUGCUUAAAUUGUCAAAUGUUGGCAGAGCACGUGUGGCACUGCAGUUGCACACAGUGUAUAUACCAUUCGCAUGCUGCUGCAGGUGAGAGGUCAAAGGUCAUAGUGAAAUGCUUUUGAGCUCAUCACUUGGCUGCCAUUAUUACUAAUUGGUCACCACCUGCAUCACCUUUUGUCUGAAUGAGUUGAGCUACAAAGUGUGCCACCAUGGAAGGUGGAGGGAGAGGGGUCAGUGAAAAAAAUGAGUUGGAGCAGUAUGUUUCACAUAUCCAGGUAUUACUACAGAUCAGGGUUAUCUUUCUGUAAGAGAACUUGAUGUGCAAUGAAAGGUUAAGGCACUGGGAGCUGCAGUUAUGUUUUUUUUUCUUCUUAGAAUUGUCAUUCAUUACAUGUUGUUGGAUUUCCUAAGCCUGGUAAAGCACUGUGACUCCUAAUACCUGUUUUCUAGCCAAAUUGUUGAAGGUUGAGGGACUUGAUUGCAGAAUACCCCACAGUACCAUUCAAAGGCCUUCUUGGCAUGUAACUUAGAAAGACAUCUGGCCUUACUCUUUAGGCUUUGCUCUCAGGCAUAAGUACAGUGUCCAUACCCUGUAUAUAAUUUAGCAGCAACAUAUAAGCAUGGCUUGGUAUAAAGGAGCCCACCAUCUGGCAGUCACCUAUAGCUCCCAUACUUAAGAAAAUGUUCUCAGGUAUACUAAUUGAUAGUCUUGUAUCAAGUUUGUAAUCCAUUGAUAGGGGUCUAGUGGGUGAGUUUAAUUCUCUGGUUUUAUUUUUUAUAAUUAUUUGUUGAGAGGUCUAACUAAUAAGGAUAACAAAUAAGAGUAGGUAGGAAAACUGCCUUCACAGUGUUACUACAGCUUUGAAGAUUGCCAUCCAUUGAUGGGUUUGGGCCUUGAAUUUCAAGUUUGUACUGUAUAAGUUAGAAAGUGAGUGCUAAAGUUCAUACUUUUUUGAUUCGUUUAGACAGGUUCUUGAGUUUUUUUUAACUACAAAGAGUAUUUUGUUUAUAGAAAGCAAAGAGGACCUCAGCAUAGGAGCUUAUGUCCCUGUGCGUCUUCAUAUAUUGACCUGAGACCAGCAUGACAGCAUUUGCUUUUUUCCCCAUGGCAUUGUGGUAUUGCCUUCAUAACUGUACACAGUGUUAAUCUGUACACGGCUGUUAAAGAAUGCAUGAGUGUGGCAUGAGGAUUAUGGUGGGGCAUUGGUGUACUAUACCGUCUGUACUUUAUAAUACUAAAUGAUUGGAUUUAUUUUAAUACAGUAGAAUGCAACCAAAUCAUAAUGAUUUGUUUAACUAAUUAGCACAAAGUAGCACACCAGUUUUUUGAAUUAGUUAUUUUCAGAUCAGCAGUAUUCGGAGUGAAGAGAAUAUGCAGCAACAAUGAAACACUUGCAGCUGUAAUAAAAGGCACAACCAACAAGCAGUCAUAUUCUAAAAUAAAUGCAAGUUGUGUCAAAAUAA